AUGAGCUCGUACUUCGUGAACCCGCUGUACUCCAAGUACAAGGCGGCGGCCGCGGCGGCGGCGGCGGCGGCGGCGGGCGAGGCCAUCAAUCCCACUUACUACGACUGUCACUUCGCGCCCGAGGUCGGCGGCCGCCACGCCGCCGCCGCCGCCGCGGCCGCCGCAGCCCUACAGCUCUAUGGCAACAGCGCCGCCGGCUUCCCGCACGCGCACCCCUCGCCGCCGCCCGCAGGGCCAGGCUGCGGUGGUGGUGGGAGCGGCCGGGGCGCGGGGCAGGACUACUUCCACCCCAGUGGGGGCAGCCCGGCCGCAGCCUACCAAGCUGCCCCCCCGCCGCCGCCGCCUCCCCCCUGCGGCGGGGUGGCCUGUCCCGCCGAGCCCGCGAAGUUUUACGGAUACGAUAACUUACAGAGACAGCCGAUCUUUACGACCCAGCAAGAGGCCGAGCUGGUACACUACCCUGACUGUAAAUCGUCCAGUGGUCAUGUUGGCGAGGACCCAGACCACUUAAAUCAGAGCGCGUCUCCUUCUCAAAUGUUUCCCUGGAUGAGACCACAAGCAGCGCCUGGGAGACGGAGAGGACGGCAAACUUACAGUCGUUUCCAAACCCUGGAGCUGGAAAAGGAAUUCCUCUUUAACCCCUAUCUGACCAGAAAGCGAAGAAUCGAGGUUUCCCACGCCCUAGCCCUCACCGAGAGACAGGUGAAAAUCUGGUUCCAGAACAGGAGAAUGAAGUGGAAAAAGGAGAACAACAAAGACAAAUUCCCGGUUUCCCGACAGGAGGCCAAAGAUGGGGAAACCAAAAAGGAAGCGCAGGAGCUGAAGGAAGACGGAGCCGAAGAGGUGGGCUCCAGUCGCCGGCUGCGGGAUGGCGGGGUUCGCGGAGACCUCGGCUCUCAUCCGGCGCCCAACUUGGCCGCGCCGCCGCCACCGCCGCAGCCGCGGGCGCGAGCGGGUGCCGAGCCCGGCAGGGGGACGCGGCCGGAAGGAGCCCGGGGCGCCCAGGCCCCCGCCGGCGCUGACACCGCCUGCCGGGAGCCGCAGGCCUGCUCGGCCCCCGCAGCCGUGCGCUUCCCACGCGCCGCCGUCCCCAAGAGCGGGGCCCCGGCGCCCGGAGUGUGCACCGCUCGGCCGCGCCUAAUGGAUUACAGCCUCCGCCCGGCCGACCGCAGCCUGCAGCCCGCAGCCUCCGGGUAA